UUUUAUGCGCAAGGCAAGUUUUUCGGUUAGAUAGAAGCUUCAAACAGAUCAGACUGGUUCAAAAUGACGGAAACGGCUAAAAAGUUGGUGUACCUAUUGCCAAUAGUAAUAAUUCUGAUUUAUGAUGUACCCGUUGAUGGCCAGGACAACCGAGCGCCUCCAAAAUUGGGUCAGUUGGUGCCCACGAUAAGACAAGAAAAUUAUGAGCUGUUGCCAAGCGGGGACAAAUACUUUCUACGUUUAAACAUACCCGACGGUAAACGUUUGGAAAACGUAGAGUUGCUGACGGAUGAAAAUGGAAAGAAAGUGCUAACAGUCAAGGGUUCGUUGAAGCUAACAUACAAAGAUACUCCAUUCCAUGUGACUGUUAUUUAUGAGGCCGACGGAGAUGGUUACAGAGCAAGAUAUAUGUACACAACAAAACAGCCCCACGCUGAUACUGUGCUAUUUGCUAGUGCGAAUCUUUUAAAGUCCUCAGCUGGUUAAAACGUGAAAUAGUUAUACAACAAGUAAUUUCAAG